AUGGAUCAAUUACCCGUAGCUGCCGAAGCUUGCCUGGAAAAGUGUGUCCCCGUGCCGGGCCUGGGGUUCCGUCGGGGUUCCUACCGGUGCCUGUGCAAGAGGGGUUUCUACUUCCCCAACACGACGGCUGACAACAGAUAUUACAACGGCAGCGACAUUGAAGAAGAGUAUGAGAAACAUUUAUUGCACCAACGUAGUCUCUACUCGGUUACCGACGCCUUCGAGUGCCUACCAUGCGCGGAAGGCUGCGAAGCGUGCCUGGACGGCUCUCCUUGUGUAGCCGCGCUAAACUGGGUGGUCCGGUCGACCAUAUUCGCACUGGCCUGCCUGGUCAUAUCGUGCCUGCCUUUUAUUGUCUACUUCACCAUCAAGUAUGGGCAUGUGCGGGUGGUUCGAGCAGCCAGCCCCGCACUACUCAGGGUCAUAGUGCUGGGGGCUUUGUUAAUCUACUGCACAACCCUCGUGAUGUACGGACGACCGACGGUCCUGACCUGCACCGCCAGAGUCUGGUUGAGGGAGGUCGGGUUCUGUCUGACGUAUGGUGCUUUGAUGCUGAAGACUUGGAGGAUAUCAGUGAUCUUCCAAGUGCGUUCAGCCAAAGCUGUCAAGAUAUCUGACAUGUACCUUCUCCGGCGGAUCGGCGUCAUAGUCGGCGUGGCGUGCGUGCUUCUGGCGAUACGGACGCUGGUGGCGCCGCCGGCAGUCAUAGUGGGCAGGACGAAGGAUGAUCUUAAGGCGUAUCUGUGCAACACUGAUUGGUGGGACCACUCUUUCACUACAUUGGAGGUGAUAUUCCUAAUGUGGGGCAUCCGGCUCUGCAUCAUGGUGAGGAAAGCGCCUUCCGAGUUCAACGAGAGCCGGUUCAUCUCCAUGGCCAUUUACAACGAGUUCCUACUCUCUGUCUUCCUCAAUAUAUCUAUGUUGUUCCUCCAGUCCCCUGCGAACCCGGAUCUCCUGUACAUCAUAUUCUUCUGCCAUACUCAGCUGACGGUCACGCUUCUGCUCUGCUUUAUCUUCGGCAGUAAGGCGUACAUGGUCUACAAAGGCCACGGCAAGGACGACCGGGAGAAAACCGGAAAAUUCCGGUCCCGACCGGCUGAAUCUACCUACACCAUGACGACCAACCGGAGCACCCGGUUUUGCGACAACAUGACUGAAAGGGAACUGGAGGAGGAGUUCAGAAAAAUCUGCAACCAGCUAGAGAAGCUUCGAGAACGGUGUGGCACCGGCGUGGCGGUGGCCAAAAGAAUCACGGCCAUGCAAGACGCCGCCGCUAUCCACGACCGUAAGCCUCCUACAUCAGACCACUCCGCUCCCUUAAAACUUAACACAGUCUUCAGUGCAGUGGCAGACCGUCUCAUGUGCACUGUGACCCCAGCAGAAGAAUCAAGCAGCAGCGGCCGAGACAUGCCCUUCGAAGCCCCCCCAGCCUACAGGCACAAAACCUUCAGCCCCACCAAAAGCGUCGAAGCCAGCAACACAGAGCAAAGCCAAACAGACGUCACAACCGAUUCCCCUAAAAAACGCGCGGAGUUAAACGAAGAAACCAAAGACGAUAAACAAAACGGUGUGUUCAAAAUAUCGGGUGAACCGAACUGUAGUGAUAUACGGCCGCCCGAGGUGGCCAGCCAUAACGGUUUUAAUAAUAAAAGUGAGAAAACUAGUGAACUGAAGACGAGCCCGGGCAGUGCUGAGACCGUGCGGGGAGUGCGCUCCGGCCACGCGAGGACUCACGCGAUAGUCAUUAACCUAGACGAUAAGAGCCGCUUUACAGAAGAAGUCACUGUUUAAUAUAAUUUCAAAGACUGUACUUACAUUCUUGUUAGAUUUCGUCCCUUUGCUCGCACGGGUAAUGUAUUUUGCAGCGCGAUAGUGUCUUCCGAUUUAAAAAGUUCUAUCCGAACCGCGCAAAAAACAUCACGCGUGUCAGAUUUCAAAUCUGAUAGAUAGUUUUGUAUAAUAUAAAUGCUAGUCUUUACUGUGAUUCAUAGUUUAAUGGAGUAUAUGUAAAAUCGAAGUAAAAGUUUCAUAGUUACGAAAAUG